AGCUCUCCGUUCCGGUGAGCUAGAUACGUCAAAUAUUGUGGGUAGUAAACAGAGACGGUUUAGUUAAAGAGGACUUUUUGCUGUGUACUCGCUUAGAAGCUAAAACGCUUCAAAAGCUACAUUUUAAAACGUCUCAGAAGACGGUUUCGAUGGGUGUCGACCAGCCGGCGGACGCGGUGGGCAGGCUGGUGUCCUGCGACGGGGAGCGGGCCACGGUCCGCUAUGUGGGCCCGGUGCCCCCGACGGCAGGGCUGUGGUUCGGCGUGGAAUGGGAUAACCCAGAGAGAGGGAAACACGACGGCAGCCAUGAGGGAGUCCAGUAUUUCACAUGCAGACACCCUAAAGGAGGCUCCUUCGUCCGUCCAGUGAAGGUGAGCUUCGGAGUGGACUACCUGACCGCGGUGAAACAGGUGUACCAGAUCGACUUUGAGGAGGUGCUGAGUGAGGACAUCUCCAUCUCCUCCAAGAAGCUCAAGUGGGGGAACAUCAAGGACCGCAGUUUUGAGAAUCUUCCGUCAGUGUUGCUGUGUCACAGUGAAGUGAACGGAGCUGGAGCCGAAGGAGAGAUCAGGAGAACAACGCCGAACGUGCAGUGGUUGGACCUGAGUGGGACUCUGCUGUGCUGCUGGGAGGACGUGGCUGCCAUCACUCAACAGCUGGACACACUGGAGGGACUGCAGCUCAGCAACAACAGUCUGCGUUUGCCCUCUGACCUCCCGUCUCUCUGCCAGGCUUUCUGCAGCCUCAGAGUCCUCGCCCUCAACAGCUGCGACCUCACCUGGCCGCAGAUCCUGGAGUGCGCCCCCAUGUGGCCACAGCUGGAGGAUCUGUGUGUAGAAGAAAACAACAUCACUGAGCUGCAGAGGCCUGAAGGAGUUCUGCAGUCACUGACGAGUCUCAAUGUGUCCUUUAAUCCUUUAGUGCAGCACAGUGUGCUCAGUAUAGCUGCUCUGCCCAGACUGGAGAAGCUGAACUUGUCUAAGACCGGACUGUCUGACAUUCGCUUUGACGAUGCUGCUCCUGGAUCUCAAACAGACAUGUUCUCAGCGCUGCAGAAUCUCAAGCUGGACCACAACAACAUCUCUGAGUGGUGUGUGGUGGAUGAACUGGGGAAGCUUCCCAGUCUGGUUAACCUUUCAUGUCGCGGCAACCGACUGGUGAGCAGUGAUGGAAACCCCCGAACAGCCAGUCAGCUGGUCAUCGCCAAACUGGGAAAACUGGACGUCCUGGACAGCUGUGAGAUCCAUCCUGACGAGCGGAGGGGGGCGGAGCUCGACUACAUCAAGAUGUUUGGAGAGGAGUGGCUGAAGGCCGGUGGGGGGAGUCAGCCCAGCGCCGAGUUCAUCCGUCAGCACCCCCGUUACCUGCGGCUCAUCGACAAGUACGGCGCUCCGGAGGAAGGCGAGCUGAGGAAGCCGGUGCCGUUUGCCCUGAAAAAUCAGCUGUUAAAGAUUCAUUUUGUGUUUCCUGAUGACGCCGACCGGAAGCCGAUUGAGAAGAAACUUCCAGCCUCCAUGGUUGUUCAGAAGGUGAAGGGACUCCUGUACAGGCUGCUGAAGGUUCCUGCUGCAGAUCUGAAGCUCACCUACACCAGCCCCAAGAUGAUGGGGACAGAGUUUGAGAUUGACGGCGACCUGAAGACUCUUCAGUUUUACUCCAUAGAGGACGGAGACCAGGUGCUGGUGCGCUGGUCCUGAUGAGGAACCAGGAAGUGAAGAACCGGCUCCGCAGCAGAGACGCAACAGAAGCUUCCGGGACUAAAACUGAACUUCAGCUGCUUCGCGUGUCGCGCUGAGAUCCAGCAGCAGAGGACUCACAGACUCACACUGAGAGCUGGAUCUACUUCACGACGACGCUCUCGCUGGAUCUGUUGUUUCAGAAAUUAAAAACCGCACACGGGUGCAAAUCGGUGUUUCCAAUAACGCAUGGCAAUGUGUCCGCUUCCACUUCCUUCAGGACUCCAUCCAGAGUCAUCAAAUAGUCUCCGAGUGAAAUCUAAAGAUGAAAUAACAAAUCUAUUUUAAAUGAAUAAACAACAAACAGACCUUUCA